AUGACAAAAAAGAUUGACUUUUUUGCUGCUCCUUUAGUUUAGCAAAUUGAUUAAAUAGUCCAUUUAUAAAAGUAUAUUAGGAGGAAUUAUUCCUCUAUUAAUUUGUUCUGCAAGUCUAUUUUACACAGUUUGGAUCAUAUAUUCAUGGCAUAAGAAUCAAUUUAGCCCUAAAAUAUUAAGUUCUGUAGAUGUAUCAAAUUUUUCAUUGUUGGACAUUAACUAUGAUCUAAUAAAACUUUGUUUUUAUAAAUAUGACGAAAAUAUGAUUGACCCCUUUGAAACUAAAGUCCUUCUGCCCUUAAUCACUUAUACUGAAAAUUAUACAUUUACUGAAACUAAACUUUUGAAUUUAUCUAAUGAAACCUCUUAUUAUGGAAACAAAUAUAUAAUUCCUUAAAUGAGAUUAGGAUUCACAAAUUUCAAUAAUAUGUUAAUUACAACAUCUGAAAUGUACAUAUAAAUAGUAAAAUGUACACCAGAGCUUUUGGGAGAAGGAGAAUAAUGUGCAUCUGAAGAAAUCAGCAAUAAAUUUUUUAGUUAAUCUUAGAACAUAAUAAUAAUGUAAAUAAAACGGUUCAAUACAGUCAAGUAUUUAAGAAUUCUUUGUUUCAAUAGAAAAACUGAAUUGUAAUACUUUAAAUACAUUUCUUCAAAGUAGUUUUUAUGAAGUAAAAGAUUCAAUUCUUUUUGGAUCUCCUAAGUAAUUAGAGCAUGUGAAUGGUGCUUUGAUUUAACCAUAAACUAAUAAAAUAUAAUAUUGUAAAUAAACAUUUGGAAUUGAAACUUAUGCUUCUCUUUAUGUUGUUAUGAAAGGAAACUAAAUUAAGACUCUUAUAGAGUACCCUAAUGCAGGUGAUUUGUUAGCUAAUAUUGGUUUAAUUGUUUCUCUAUUAUUAUUUAUGUUUAGACACAUUAUCUUUUUCUUUAAUACUAAUUUUUUGAAUGAAAAAAUAAUAAAUGAUAUGAUUUUCUAAGUUAAAAAUUCAUAAAAAUUGGAAACGAGACAUAAUUAAUGUUACUCUUUAAAAUUAACAACUUGA